UCAAAAGACAAACCAGGGCACACACACACACACACACACACACACACAAACACCCUAUUUAAUUUUGUAUUUGGUUGCAGGAAAGGGUUGUAGUGAUGGUGGUGGUCUGACAUUUCAUCAAGUCAACAUCUCAAGCUGAACAUGGUGAGGAGGAUGAUGAAGAUGGCUGCUGUCGCCCCCGUCACUGCGCUCCUGCUCUGCUGCUCCUUCUUCGCCUCUGCGGAUUCGACGGACAGUUGUAGCCACUAUGCUACAACGAACGAGGACUUCAUUGUGCCGCUGAACCACGAACUGCAAAAAUCAGAACGUUUGUCAUGGAAGCACGACGCAUCCAAGAUCUACGACAGCAUACGAGACAGAGCGAUGAAGAGGAAGGAUAUUUUUGCCAAUGGAUCUUUGAAGCUGACAAAAGUGAACAAAAGCAGUGAAGGGCUGUACACCCCUGAGGUUUUUACUUUAAAUGGAGAGGCAGUACCAAAACUGCAAACGAUACAUUUGUGUGUACUGGAUCGUGUCCCGAAGCCGACAGUGACUAUUACAUGUCCUAAACCUACUUCUGUCAAAGUUACCUGCACGGUUAAGGACCCCAAAGGCAUCCAGUUUGCAUGGUUUAAGAAUGAUAAGCCGUCAGAGAAAAAGGAGAAAGAUUCGAUUCUGGUAUUUAAAGCAGAAGAUGUGGAAACAGUUUCUUUUCGUUGUGAGGUUUCCAACAAGGCCAGCUCUCAGAAGAGUGACCCUGUUACACAAAGCUGCUUUUCGUCCGGGAUCACUUUUCCUGAAGAACUAUUCGGAAUUAACAUCUGGAUUAUUGUGGGUGGUGGAGCAGGUGUUGUCGUGUUGCUAAUUCUCAUCGUCAUUAUUUGCUGCAUCCACAACAGACGGAAAAAACGUGUGCAACUGAAGGAUGAGGAGGAGCUUCGUUUGGGUUGGACCAAUCCUAACCAACAACAACAGCAGCAACAUCAUCAUCACCAACAUAAUCAUCCACCCAAUCAGCAUCACCACCACCAUCACCAGCAGCAGCAGCAGCCGGCCGGCCACACCGGUCCUCGCCAGCCUCGCAAGAAACAGCAGCACAACACGCGUCCCAGGGCCCCCGACCCCAACGGUCAGCCUGAGCCCAGCCCCAGAAGACAAGGACUGAGUCUCCCCAAAGUGCCUGAUAGCGUCGAUGACGAGCAGCCGCCUCCUCUUCCUCAGCCCAGGAAGAAAGGUCCCAAAACUCAGAGAGUGUGACACCAUGUGAGUGUUGAAGUUCAGGCGUUAUCACCCCUCCUUUUUUUUGUUUUUACAACCUGCUCUCCUCCUCUCUUCUCUCCAUCUCUCAAUGUUUUUACCGCAGAUGAUUAAUCCAUCCAAACCGACUCAGGAAAUAGAUGAUUAUCUGAUCUGCCGUGAUUUCUAAUCAUGAAAAAGUAAAAGCUGUUUGUUUGUUAAAGCUGAACUCAAACUAUAGAUCAUCAUAAUCUUUGAUCUAAUUAACACACAUGAAGCAAACUUGCCCCACAUGGGUUCUUUAGUCAUUAUAAUCUUAUAUAGUUAUAAAUAUCUGUCCUUUUUCUCAAGACUACCUUGUUUAAUAUUCACUUUUAAACUCUGUAGAGAAGAGCGACCUCCUUCUCUUCUCUCUGGGUUGAGAAGCAAAUCUUUGUUUUUUUGACAGACUACAAUCUCAAACUACUGUUCAGAGCACUCAGCAUCUCUUUGCACCUAAACCCAAUCCACAGUGCAGCUGUUUUGUUUUUCAUGGUUGGAUUUUUAAAUCGCGCCAGAAGGUUGAGUGCCCUGCGGCCCCAGAAAAACACGGCAGCCUGCACAGAGCCUUCAGCGUGUCUUAUUUUAGUUUGUGUGCAAAAAAAAAGGAGAUCUGUGCUUUUGUUAUUUACUGAAGCUGUUUUAAAGCACUGUGCAUAUUUGACUUUUUACUUAUUUUCUACUGUAUUUUGAAAAGAAUGUCGUUUGCAGCGUUUUCAAACUUCACAGCAGCUUUUAUAAUGUACAAAACAUACAAACUGUUCUAUAUGCAUGUCACUGCCGACCUUUGUGAUCUUUUUUUUUUGUAUUUGUGAUGUGAAUUUAUAAUAAAAAUAAAUGUAAUAACAACUG